AAAAAUCCUGUAGGAACUCCGGAGCUGCUGCUGGAGCUGCGGGCCGGCGGAGCCGCGGAGCGGGGGAGUAGCAGCCGAGCAGCGGGGAGAGCGGGCUCCACAGCCGCUCCACCAGCCGUUCCUCCAGCUCUUCAUCAGGCAGCAAAGCGCAGUAGAGACCAGAGGUUGAACCAGAACUGCCCACUCAUUUGGCCCCUUCUCUCAGAGUUCCAGUCUCAGACCGCCUUCAUUGAGUUUACAGCGCAGCCUAAAGGACCAGAAGCAGAAUUGAUUAUUUUCACCUGGAUUCACCGUUUGACCAGAAGUCAUGGUUCCGGUUCCCUUCUUCCUGUUCGAGGUGAUUGCCUGUUAGCUGUUCUGUGAUUGGACUAAUCAUCGGCUCUGUGAUGAAUCACACGCCCAGCCCCCACAUGGCAGAAGCCGCCAAGUCUGGGGCGGGCCUGCUGUGUGGUCUGGGCCUGGGUCCGGACCGGGUCCGAUCCCCGGACAGCCUGACCCACACCCCGAGCCCCACGGGUGGCACCCCCAGCUCCAGCCCCCCCCUGCUGCUGUCUCCCGGGCUGAGCUGCGACAGCGCCGGCGGGGACUGGGAGAGCCGGGAGGAGCUGCGGCUGCGGGAGCUGGAGGAGGCUCGGGCUCGGGCGGCUCAGAUGGAGAAGACCAUGCGCUGGUGGUCGGACUGUACGGCCAACUGGAGGGAGAAGUGGAGCAAGGUCCGGGCAGAGAGGAACCGGGCCCGGGACGAGGUCCGGCAGCUGCGGCAGCGUCUGGACGCCCUCACCAAGGAGCUGACGGGGGUGCGGCGCGAGCGGCAGGAGCUGGCGGCCGAAAACGAACAGCUUCGCCUGGAGGCCCAGCGGUUCAUGGCUGACCAGAGCUCCCAGUCCAUCGCCCCCGUCUCAGCACCACCGUCCAACUCCUCCACAGCCUCCUCCCCCUCCAACCAGCCAGCUGGCCCAGACAGCAAGCAGCUCGGCCAGGAGGACGAGAGGGUGGGAGACGCUCCCGGAUCCCCGGAGCAGGAACCUGUCAGAGACGUGGGAAACGAGAAACCAGAGAGGCAGAAGGAGCUGCAGCUGCUGGAAGCUCUGCUGAGGGCGAAGGCGGACGCUCCAGACUCGUGGGACGCCCGCAGUGCCAGCAGUCUCCGCUCGGCUCUCAGCCGGCAGGACCGGAACCGGCUGCUGUGGGACGACCUGUCCACCCUGGAAGAGGAUUCCUCCAAACUCAACGCUCUCCAGCUACGCCUGGACGAGUCCCAGAAAGUCCUGCUAAAGGAGCGCGAGGAUAAGCAUGCGCUCAGCAAAAGCAUCGAGAAACUGGAGACGGAGCUGAGCCAGUGGAAACUGAAAUACGAGGAGCUGAACAAGAGCAAACAGGAGGCUUUCAAACAGUUGAAUCUGCUGAAGGAGGUGCAUCAGGAUGAGCUCGGCCGAAUGUCUGAGGAUCUGGAGGAUGAACUUGGCGCUCGCACCAGCAUGGACAAGAAGCUCGCCGAGCUCCGAGCGGAGAUGGAGCGUCUGCAGGUGGAGAACGCCGCGGAGUGGGGACGGCGGGAGCGGCUGGAGACGGAGAAGCUGGCGCUGGAGCGCGACAACAAGAAGCUGCGCGCCCAGAUGGAGGACCUGGAGGAGCAGCUGGCACGCAAACGCAGGCAGGCGGCCAGCGCCCUCGACACCGACCUCAAGACCAUCCAGAGCGAGCUGUUCGAGAGGAACAAGGAGCUAGCAGACCUGCGGCACGUCCACACGAAGGUGAAGAAGCAGUACCAGGAGAAGAUGGCUGAGCUGGCCCACGCUAACCGGCGGGUGGAGCAGCACGAGGCUGAAGUGAAGAAGCUGAGGCUGCGGGUGGAGGAGCUGAAGAAGGAGCUCGGCCAGGCUGAGGACGAGCUGGAUGAAGCUCAUAAUCAGACCAGGAAGCUGCAGAGGUCCUUGGAUGAGCAGGUGGAGCAGUCAGAGAACCUUCAAGUUCAGCUAGAACAUCUACAGUCAAGGUUGAGGCGUCAACAGAACCCUGGUCUUUUUGGUAAGAUGAGGACGUCAGCUUCAGCGCUCUUCAGCCCUGACGACCCUGAUGCCCCACCCAGCGACCCUGACGAGGAAGAGGAGGAGCUGAAGCUUCAGAUACCCUGAAGAAUCACAGCCCCCCAGUGAAUGUACAGCCCACCCACCGAUCUCUGUCCAGCAUUUCAAACAGAACUAUUAUUUCAGAACUGGGACCAAAAACCAGACCAGCCUACACAGACCAGAAGAACUUUGAUUUUAAAGCGACUGACCGUGACCUGAUGCUUCACCCUGCUGCUCCCUGACGCACAGCAGUAGCUCACUAUUGUUAUAGUGUGCGUGCAGAAGCUUAAAAAGACUGUAGCUGAGGGAGAAGAUUCUGAAUGAAAUUGGUGUCGAACACAUUCCACUUCCGCAUUAUCUCCCUUUAUUACUCUUCUUCUACCACCCUCCUGCAUGUGGGUUUAUAUACUGCUCCAGUCCUGUCUAAUUCUGUUAUCCAUUAUCCCUCAGCUUCCAUCCAGGCAUUCCCUUCCCUGCACUGCUAUAUCUUAUCUUUUUCACUUUCCAUUUCUGUCAUCUCUCUAUCUCGAGUGCCCCUGCCCUGCUUUUCCAUCUCAGACCACCUCUCUCUUUCUCUGUCUCUCUCUCUCUCUUUCUCUCUCAACCAGCAUUAUUUCCACAAGUACCGACACAUAGAGAAGGUAACAUUAAUAAUGCUUAUGGCAAGCCGUUUUGGCUUAAAUCUCUAAACCUAUUAAUUAAUUAAAAGUAGAAAUUAAAUUAAAGAUUUAAUGUAAUGCAGUUUUUACUAGUAGAAACUCAUUGCAGAUACUAGCUAUGGAAUAUUUACUAUUAAUAAAAUCAGAUCUUCAGAUCUAUAUAGCAAUUCUGACGUUAUUUGUAGUGUAAUUUUGGCUAGUCACAUGAUAGUAGGGAUGCACCAAAUAUUCAGGGCCUAAACAUGGCAAACAGCACUUUUGCUUUUUGUCCAAGUGAGGAAAAUACCAGAAAAUCUAUACAGAUUUAGAUAAAGCAAGAUUAUAAAUAAUGUCAAGUCUACAUAGGGCUGGAGGAUGUUCUUACAUUAGAACUUGUUUUUUUUUUUUAUUUAGUGUAAACAUAACCUCCUCAUAUUAUCUUUAUGGAAAAGUGUUCAUUUCAUUUUGAAAGUCACAUUAAAACAGUAAUUCCAUUUAUUAAAUUAUCCUCCCAGCUCUGAAGCUAUAUAAUUCAUUUAACAGUAAAAAAAAAAAUAAACCUGUGAAAAGCCUUGUUCAAUACUCUUUAUUUUACAUGGAAUUUCGCUUUCUCUUAUCUAAAGUUUUUUUUUUUUGUAUCUCUGCUGUAAUUCUGACCAAUAAAGAUUGUAGUUUUUAGACUCAGUAUAACUAAUAAUCAAAGCCCAAAUUGUAGAUAUCUAAAAUUAUAUUUAACAAAUCUAAAAACUACACAUCCUUAAUAUCAUAUACCCUAAACAUUACUAGUAGUUAAAACUAAAUGUAUAUUUGUUAUGUUGAUUUUUACAUUCCCUGUAAAUGUACAGUUGGGUCAGUGUUCUUUAAGUAAUGAUGGUUUAUAUCCUAAAUAUGCUUUUUGUUGAUACACUAAAAAUGUAUCACGAUAAAAACAUAUUGAUAUAUUGUCCAGCUCUAAUUAGGGCUGGUGAUGUAAACAAAAAAAGAAUAAUCCUGAUGAUAUUCAAAUGCAUGAUCGAUACUCAAUUACGAUUACAAUUUUUAGUUCUUUCGUAACUUCAGGGUUUUUUUUUUUUUUUGCAAACAGACAGCCUUAUUUAAAAUAAUGCACAAGCUAAAUGUUUGUAUUUUUUUAAGUAAACAGCCCCCUUCAACUUUACAUGCUGCUUUUAUAUUAAACACAGUAAACAUAACGUCCAUAUUUUGAAAUUCUUAAUAAAUUAUGAAAUAAAAAAACCUAAGUAAUAUGAAAAUCACUGCCACAUGAGAGAGUUCUUUACAGGUUUCUGAUAGAAGCAAAGUCUGUCUACUGAGAUUUACUCUGCAGCUGAUGUACAGUCUCCAUUAUUCCAUUUUAAAAAUCACAUUAAACCAGUAAUUCCUUAAAUCAGAAUAAUUCCAUUAACCUUACAGCCCUAGUUCUAAUACAGAUACACAUAAUUAUAACUUACAUAAAGACUAGACACAUUUAUUUUACAAAUAAGUAAAAGAGCCUAUAUCAUCACGUCAGCAAGUAUCGGUUUGAAAUAUUGGCCGAUGAUUCUUUAAAGAAAUAAAAAAAAGGGCCAGAAACCAAUAUAAUUCUGAUAUCAUUGUGCAUCCCAAUAAUAACAUUUCUGAAAUAAGAGUGUCUAUCAGUAAAAACAUAAUUAUAGAAAUCCAAGUUUUUACCAGUAAAAUCUGAGUUAGAACUUUAGUAUUAUUGGUUUGAUUUUAGGAUAAACGGCUUGCUAUAAACAUGUCGCUCAGGCCUGAGCUGUGAGGCGUAAAGAUCUAGAGAGUGGCUUGUGUUUUGUAACAGUCCUGCAUUAAUGUUUCUGAUGCUUUUUCUAAGCUUUUUCUAAGUAGUGUCUCUUGCCUUGGUUCCAGUGUGUUAUUCGGGGUGGACCGUGGGAGGGGGGAAUCAUGGAGCUCCACAUAAGGGAACGUUUUAGCUUGUUGUGUUGAUUCUCAGUUGGCAGAAUCUGUUUAAGCAAUAAGAUCAUCUCCUGGAGAGACCAACAGUGGGGACCAAUACAGACUCAUCUUACAGUGGGACAUUUUUACUGGUCAUAUUGAAAUAUUUUUCUUUUUUUUUUUUUACAUUAGUAAUACAUUUGGUCUGUAUUACAGUGGUUUUGUAUUUAGCAUUAUAAAUGUUAAGUGUGUAUAAA